AAAUAGAGGUGAAAGAGAUGAGUUAAUUACUUGAUCAUCAAGUUGAGGUAGAAAAGAAGAGACCAUGGCAAGAGGGCGAACCAUUCUGACUUGUCUCAUGUGGCUUUUACUCGUUUUCUCCAUUACUUUGUGUGCAAGUGCAACUGCCGGUGCUCGUCUAGGAACAUCCCAACAAGUUGUUUAUCCACAAGGGUGUCGGUGCUGCUAUUUCGUUGGGAAACCUUUCAUGCUUCGAUGUGGCAAAGUAUGCUGCGGUGAUGAUUGCUGUUAGUUAUGUUAGCAUGAGAUUUAAGGUUGAAUCAUUAUGUGUAUCAUCUUUUUUCCCCUUUGUUGAAUGUAAUGUAAUUGUACCAAAAAGAAAAUGAAAGCAAGCAUCAUCCAAUUAUAAAAAAUUUUCAUUUUAAACACUAAAAUAAAAAAAAAUUACAAUUUAAAAAUUCACGAUCAUUUUUAUCACUUACCUUAAAAUCUAAAGAAAAAUGAAAUAUUCUGUCAAAUAAUAUUAUUAUUUUAAAAAUUAGUCCUUUGGUUUCUUUGUUUCACCAUCAUGAUGUUCAUUACAAAAACAUUACACUCCCAGAAAAAUUCACGAAAAAUUUAGAAAGAAUUUGGGGUUGAUAAUUUCCCGUUCUACAUUUUCAUCUAUCUGUUCCCUUUAGCUAAUGUCAUGAAUCUACCUCCAAAAGCUUCCUCUCUGUUUCUCUUCUUCAACUGUUAAAGCUCUUCGAAUCUUUUUCCCAAUCCCUUUUCCAUAGCCCAACAGAGAAGAUAAAAAGUAUGGAGAUUACAAACAAAAACCAGAGAAUUCAUCACCACCUCUCCUUUGCUGAAGCUACCCACCAAAAUUUUGCUCCCAUUUUCACUUCGUUCUGUUAUAUUACCCUCCCAUUUAUAUGCAACUUCCAAGCUUUGGCAUAUGGUUUACAACUCUUUAGUUUAUGCAGGCAAGAAUUACAUGUUUCUGCUUUGCAAUGGACUGCUUGUUUUAAUUGCCACCAGCUCUGGUUUGAUCGGUAGUUGUAGUGUAGAGACUGAUAUUAAAGCUGAAAAGGCUGUGAAGAUGAGCAAGGGAGGUAGUCAAACAGAACCAGAGGCAGAGCCAAAAGGGUCCAUUUCAAAAGAGACAGUUGUUGCAGAAUAUGAUCAAAGAGAAGAAGAGGUGGCCUUGGUUGUAGAACUAGAAGAUGAAGGUGAAGAAGAUAGAUCAAAUGAGGGUGUUUCAGUGGAGGAGGAUGAAGAUGAAGAUGAAGAAGUUUGAGUCAAUGUGUAAUGUGAAGAUUUUAUUAGAAAGAUGAAAGAAGGGAUUCAAUUUGAAGGUUGCCAACUGAUAUAAUAAUAGUGCUCUCAAAUUUAUAUUUUGCUUAUUAUUUAAGAGAAAAUUUCAUUUCCUUUUGAAUUUUAAUAGGAGUGACCAAAAUGAUCAAAUUAUAUAA